AUGGCCACCACCACCACCAAGUCAUCCUUAUCGAUGUCCAUGAGAAGCAGCAGUGCCACCGCCAGUUGUAUCACCGAAACGAGUACGAGUAGUAAUACUAGUGAUUUUCGCCACAGUCUGACAUCCGUCGACGACUAUGAACAAAAGAUGGAUGACGAGUUAUUACGCCGUACCAGCAAACCCUUGGUCUUUCGCAAUGUGUUUUGUGGCCGCGAAGAUGAAAUUCUGAAACUGGAAGGCAUCUUUCGUCGCACAGCGGCGGGUCGCUCCAAUAGUCCCAGCUUGGUCUUGGUCAGUGGUGCCAGUGGUACGGGCAAAUCGGCCUUGGUCGCCCGUCUCCGCGAUCAUUUGGGAACGACCGAAGAAGAGUUCUUUUGGGUAUCUGGAAAAUUUGAAGAACAACAACAAAGUCAUGCCAUGAUGAUAGCGGAGGAUACUUGUGUGGAAGAAGAACGAAGUGGCAGUGGCGUGCUGAGCAGCACCAACAGUACCAACAGCAAUUGCUCGGAAACAGCACCCGAUAACCUUCAUCCCUUUGCAGCCAUUGUCGAUGCCUUUUCACACUUUUGUCGAGAACUGGAAGAGGAGGAACCAGAGACAAUAGAGGAAGUCAAGGCUGAUAUUCUAGAGGCAGUGGGCCAACAGGGGGCUCUACUCACUUAUAUGAUACCCAGCUUGUCCAAAAUCAUUGGAGAACAACAAGCAGCAGGAGAAACCAGUGGAGAAGUCAUUCGCUUUCAUUACGUCUUUCGCAACUUCAUUCAAGCCUUGGCCACCAAAGUCAGAAGUGUGGUCUUGGUAUUGGAAGACUUGCACAGAGCAGACAAUGCCUCUCUGGAAUUGCUACAUUAUCUAUUCACUAGCAAACUGAAGCAUGUCAUGUUUGUUGGAACCUAUAGAUCCGAUGAAGUCGAUGAGGAACAUCGCUUUUCCAAGUGGCUACAUGGCGUUCAAGAGGCACAGCAGGAACAACAAAAACAACAAGAACAGUCACCGAAACAACAGUCCAACAACAACAACAACAACAACAACAACAAUCCAAAUACACAUCACCAUCACGUCACCACACUAGGACUGGCCGAAAUGAAUCUGGACACCAUCAAUACAUUCAUCUCCAAUGUGCUCAACCUGUCCGAAGAUGAAACACGAGCACUGGCACACAUUGUCUAUACCAAAACAAAAGGAAAUAUCUUUUUUGUCACGCAAUAUCUCGUAUUCCUCACGCGCAACUACCUCUUGUGGUUUGAUAUCAUUAAAAAGAGUUGGGAUUGGGACGAACCGGCCAUUCGAAAAGAGUCGGCCGUUACCACCACACUCCUCGAUUUUAUGCGCGACAAGUUACAACAAUCCAAAGUCGCACCCAAGAUUCUACCCGUGGCGGCUUGUUUGGGUGCCAGGUUUCAUCGGGACACGCUCCGUAUGAUACUCACCGGACUCGCGCAAGUGGAAGCACUGACACCUCUGGUGAUGGCACCGGAAUCGGAUGACGAACUUGUACAGGCACUCAAACAAUGUGAAAAGGAACGGUAUAUUGAAAAUUGUGGCAACAAGAACUACAGUUUUGUGCACGACAAAGUGCAAGAAGCAGCACUGAUACUCCACCCCAUUAUCAUUAUGCAACAGAUCCGAUACGAAGCGGGGACCGUCCUGCUGCGGCAAUCCAAUGAAUCCGAACUGGACGAGAAACUCUUUGUGGUGGUCAACCUGUUGAAUGCCGGUCGUCUGAGAUAUGAUUCCGUGUCACCGCUGGAGAUUGCCAAGUUGAAUCUACGGGCGGCUGGAAAAGCCAAGCGGUUGGCGGCCUUUUCCAGUGCAUCGUCCUAUGUGGAAACGGCUCUGGCGAGUCUGCCGCCACCGUCGCAUCUGGAUGCCGAACAGCUUGCCAUUUUACUGGAUCUGUGGUCACUCGGUGCCGAAGUCAACAUGGCCAUGGGGCGAACCGAGAUCACCGAAGAGUACUGC